CCUUUGCUUCCAAUAGUGAUAAGCACGCCCCGCACUCACAUUCGCCCCUCCUCUCUCUCUCUCUCUCUCACGUACACGCACAUUUUUGCUUUUCUGGACCUUUUUCCUUCUUCCUUUGUCUUCUAGAUCGAUCGAGGUCUAGGGUUUGCGCCCUCAGACCGAUUCUUGCGCCAUCGUCGCCCUCUCAGGAGGGUCGCGCCGGCAAGUUGGUACUUGGAACGCAGAGAAAUUUUCUGCUUCCGGUUUGAAGCCAGAGUCAAGAGAGAGUGGUUCCAGAAGGCCUGAGGACAAUAUGGCAGUUUCUAUGAAGGAUUUGGAUUCUGCUUUCCAGGGGGCUGGACAAAAGGCUGGAUUGGAGAUAUGGCGAGUCGAAAACUUUCGUCCAGUGCCAGUGCCAAAGUCGUCCUAUGGAAAAUUUUUUACUGGAGAUGCUUAUGUAAUUUUGAAGACAACUGCCUUGAAAAAUGGUUCUCUUCGUCAUGAUAUCCAUUAUUGGCUUGGUAAAGAUACUAGUCAGGAUGAAGCUGGGACUGCUGCAAUCAAAACUGUUGAACUCGAUGCAGCCCUUGGAGGACGAGCUGUUCAAUACCGUGAGGUACAGGGUCAUGAGACUGAGAAAUUCCUCUCCUAUUUCAAACCAUGUAUCAUACCACAAGAAGGUGGGGUGGCAUCUGGUUUCAAGCAUACUGAAGUCAAUGAACGUGAGCAUGUGAUACGCUUAUUUGUCUGCAGAGGGAAACAUGUUGUCCAUGUCAAAGAGGUUCCUUUUGCUAGAUCUUCUCUCAACCAUGAUGACAUAUUCAUUCUGGAUACGAAGUCCAAGAUUUUUCAGUUUAAUGGAGCCAACUCAUCCAUUCAGGAAAGGGCUAAAGCUCUUGAAGUUGUGCAAUAUAUUAAAGAUACUUAUCAUGAUGGGAAGUGCGAGGUGGCGGCUGUUGAGGAUGGGAAGUUAAUGGCGGAUGCGGAGGCUGGAGAAUUUUGGGGUUUCUUUGGUGGCUUUGCUCCUCUUCCUAGAAAGGUGGCCUCUGAUGAUGAUAGAAAUGGGGUGGCCUUUUCUACAAAGUUAUUCUGUGUUGAUAAGGGGCAGAUGGUGCCUAUUGAAGCAGAUUCCUUGGCACGAGAUUUAUUAGAUACAAAUAAGUGUUACUUGUUAGAUUGUGGGGCUGAAAUCUACAUCUGGAUGGGCAGAAAUACGUCACUAGAAGAGAGGAAAAGUGCAAGCGCUGCUGCAGAAGAAUUACUUCAUGACCCUAGCCGACCAAAAGCUCAUAUUAUUCGCAUUAUUGAGGGAUUUGAGACUGUAAUGUUCCGUUCAAAAUUUGAUAAAUGGCCGCAAACAACUGAUGUGGCUGUAUCUGAGGAUGGUAGGGGCAAAGUUGCAGCACUUCUUAGACGCCAAGGAUUAAAUGUUAAAGGUCUUAUGAAAGCUGCUCCUGUAAAAGAAGAAGAACCUCAACCAUAUAUUGAUUGUACGGGCAAUUUGCAGGUUUGGCGUGUAAACAGCAAGGAAAAGAUUCUUAUUCCAUCCUCUGAUCAGUCUAAGUUUUAUAGUGGGGAUUGCUAUAUAUUUCAAUAUACAUACCCUGGUGAAGAUAAAGAAGAAUAUAUUAUUGGCACUUGGUUUGGAAAAAAAAGCAUUGAGGAGGAGAAGGCUGCAGCUAUUUUACUUGCUAGCAAGAUGGUUGAAUCUUUAAAGUCGCAGGCUGUUCAGGCUCGCUUUUAUGAAGGAAAGGAACCUAUUCAAUUCUUCUCUAUCUUCCAGAGCUUCGUUGUGUAUAAGGGUGGUCUUAGCUCUGGAUAUAAGAAAUAUGUUGCAGAAAAUGCCAUCACUGAUGAGACAUAUUCAGAGGAUGGCAUUGCACUUUUUCGAGUUCAAGGAUCUGGACCAGAUAAUAUGCAAGCAAUUCAAGUUGAUCCAGUGGCAUCAUCUCUGAAUUCGUGUUACUGUUACAUAUUACAUAGUGGCAAUACUGUCUUCACAUGGUCUGGAAGCCUCACCACCACAGUUGACCAAGAACUACUUGAGAGACAACUGGAUCUGAUUAAGCCAAAUAUGCAGUCCAGACCACAGAAGGAGGGAACAGAAACGGAGCAGUUUUGGAAUUUAUUAGGAGGCAAAUGUGAAUACCCCAGUCAGAAAAUUGUGAAAGAACAAGAAAAUGAUCCUCACCUAUUCUCGUGUACUUACUCGAAAGGCAAUUUGAAGUUAACAGAAAUUUUCAACUUCACCCAAGAUGAUCUGAUGACAGAAGACAUAUUCAUUCUAGACUGCCACUCAGACAUCUUUGUUUGGGUUGGACAGGAGGUUGAUUCAAAAAGCAGAUCACAAGCUUUAAGCAUUGGAGAGAAAUUUCUUGAACGUGAUUUUCUUAUGGAAAAUCUAUCUCAAGAAACUCCAGCAUACAUUGUUACAGAAGGAAGUGAACCACCCUUCUUCACUCGCUUCUUCAACUGGGACUCUGCAAAAUCAGCAAUGCAUGGUAAUUCAUUCCAGAGGAAGCUAGCAAUGGUGAAGAACGGAGUAACUCCAACAUUAGAUAAGCCUAAACGGCGAACACCAACAUCAUAUGGAGGAAGGUCUAGUGUGCCAGACAAAUCUCAGCGCUCUAGAAGCAUGUCAUUCAGCCCUGAUCGUGUUCGAGUUAGAGGAAGAUCACCUGCCUUCAAUGCACUAGCUGCUAACUUCGAGAAUCCGAGUGCCAGGAAUCUCUCAACCCCUCCUCCAGUAGUUAGGAAACUUUAUCCAAAAUCCGCAACACCUGAUUCUGCAAAGUUGGCUCCAAAGGCAACAGCAAUUGCUGCCCUCUCUUCUUCUUUUGAGCGCCCAAAGGAAACUAUUAUACCAAAAUCAUUGAAAGUGAGUCCCGAAAUCAACAAACCAAAACCAGAGGCAAAUGCGAAGGACAGCAUCACUUCAAUGAGCAGUAGAAUUGAAGCUCUCACCAUACAGGAAGAUGUGAAGGAAGGUGACGCUGAAGAUGAAGAAGGGCUACCGAUAUUCCCCUAUGAACGCUUGAAGACAUCAUCUACUGAUCCUGUUACAGAAAUUGAUGUUACCAAGCGAGAGACUUAUUUAUCUUCAGCCGAAUUUAAGGAGAAAUUUGGCAUGACAAAGGAAGCUUUCUACAAGCUACCAAAAUGGAGGCAGAACAGACUUAAAAUGGCUCUUCAGUUAUUCUAAGUCUGCCAAUUGCUCUAGCUUCAUCUUCUUGUCCUCUUCACCUUGUUGUCAUGGGAUGGAUGAGACAUGGCUUGCACAUCUAUAUGCAUACCUUUGACUCUCUUAUAGUCGAAUUUGCGAUUAGUCCUGUUGAGUGUAGUUAGUCUGGGUCAAGGGGACCCAUAAUUAGGUUUGAAGGGACAGCGUCAGUGCUUUUUUAGCUGCUUCUGCUCCCAAAUAGUUCGUGUUGUCACCAACACAGGUUCGCCAUUUUUACCCCCUUUUUUUUUUCAUUUUGUUUGAUAUCCAGCUUUUCUUUAUUUUCUGAGGUCACAGGUUUGGUUGUGAGCUUGCAUUUUUGUUUUCUUUAUUUAAUGAUUGUUUUUAAAUUAUUUAAUGAUUGUUUUUAAAGGUGAAAAGUGGUUGUCCCAGAAAACGAAUGGUCGUAUGUUGUAGUUGCGGGAAUGAUAAGUAUGUACAGCAGUGUAAAACAUAUGUAUGGGAAACCAGCCUUGCACCUUGGUUUGUUUUCUCAAUAAAGCCUGAUUGUGUGUGUGUGUGUAAAGCUUUGCUUUCGCGGCUUGGUCUGUUUUCAUGACACAAUACUUGAAAAGAAGUCAACCGGUUUU